CUUUUGUUCUCUUGGAAAAUGAUAGACCGCGAAACGCGAUGCUCUUCGAGCUCUUGAAGGUCCCGCCCGUUCGUACUGGGACAGCAUUCAAGCAUUCGAAGUCAAUGCUCCCACCAUUGAAGAACACAACAAUUCCAAUGAUUUGCAUACUGCUUAUCCUAAAUAUAUGGCUUGUAUGGCAUACCCCUACAUGAACGGUCGUCUUCAUUUGGGUCACGCCUUCACUUUCUCCAAGGUGGACUUCGCCGUUGGUUACGAAAGAAUGAAGGGCAAGCGUGCCCUUCUUCCUCAGGGCUUCCAUUGUACCGGUAUGCCCAUCAAGGCCUGCGCGGACAAACUUACUCGUGAAAUUGGCAUGUUUGGCAAGAACUUUGAAAAGUUUGAGGAAAUGCAAUUGGCCAAUCAAUUGGAAAAGACCGAUGUUUCCAAGAACAUCAAGAGCAAGGUGGCCGCCAAGACCGGUAACGUCACCUACCAGUUCCAGAUCAUGUUGCAAUUGGGCAUUCCUCGCGAGCAAAUCCAUAAAUUCGCUGAUCCCUACUACUGGACCGAGUACUUCCCCCCGCAGACGAUCAGUGACAUGACGGCUUUUGGUGCCAAGGUUGAUUGGCGUCGUUCGUUCAUCACCACAGAUGCCAACCCUUACUACGACGCUUUUGUUCGCUGGCAGAUGAACAAGCUGAGAGCGAUGCAGAAAAUCAAAUUCGGCGAACGUUACACGAUUUACUCGGUGAUUGAUCAACAGCCUUGCAUGGAUCACGAUCGUCAGUCUGGUGAAGGCGUCGGUCCUCAAGAAUACACCGGUAUUAAGAUGGAAGUGUUGGAAUGGUCUCAGCAAGCCAAAGAAGCUUUGGACAGUGUGCCUGCUCUCCAGGGCAAGAAGGUGUACCUCGUAGCAGCUACAUUGAGACCCGAAACGAUGUACGGUCAAACCAACUGUUUCGUCGGCACCGAGAUCAACUAUGGUAUUUUCCAUGUCAACGAUAAGGAAGCUUUCUUGGUGACGGAACGUGCUGCUCGCAACAUGGCUUUCCAAAAGAUCUUUGACAAGGAAGGACACAUUGAAAAGUUGGCCGAGAUCAAGGGUGAUCUCGUGGUCGGUACCAAGAUCAAGGCUCCCUUGAGUCAGUACCCCGCUGUCUACGUCCUCCCCAUGGAGAAUGUGCUCGCUACCAAGGGUACUGGUGUAGUUACUUCGGUGCCUUCCGACUCGCCCGACGAUUUUGCUGCUUUGCAAGAUUUGAAGAAGAAGGCGGCUUACUACAAGAUUGAUGCUGCCUGGGCCGAUUUCGAUGUGGUGCCUGUGAUCGAAACGCCUACUUACGGCAACCUCAUUGCCCCUAAACUGUGUGAGCUCAAGAAGAUCCAUUCUCAAAAGGAUCGCGUUCAGUUGGCGGAAGCCAAGGAAAUCGCUUACAAGGAAGGUUUCUACCAAGGUGUCAUGUGCAUUGGUGAAUUCUCGGGCAUGAAGGUGCAGGAUGCCAAGUUCAAGAUCAAGGAACAGCUGAUCAACUCUGGUGAAGCUUUCGUGUACAACGAACCCGAGGGUCUUGUCAUGUCGCGUUCCGGUGAUGAGUGCGUAGUGGCUUUGAUGGAUCAGUGGUACCUCGAUUACGGCGAACCAGAAUGGAAAGCACAAACUGAAAAGUGCUUGGCGCAAAUGGAGACUUACACCAACGAAACUCGCCAUCAGUUUGAACAAACUUUGGACUGGUUGAACCAGUGGGCUUGCGCCAGAAGCUUCGGUUUGGGUACCAAGUUGCCCUGGGAUACUCAAUUCUUGGUCGAAUCGCUUUCGGAUUCCACCAUUUACAUGGCCUACUACACUGUGGCUCAUUUGUUGCAUCAGGGUUCGUUGAAUGGUGCUGUUCCCGGACCUGCCGGUAUCCGUGCUGAGCAGAUGACCGACGCGGUUUGGGAUUAUGUGUUCAAGUUGGGUCCCUACCCUGCCGACUGCGGUGUAGCUCAAGCUACCUUGGACCGUCUGAGACGCGAGUACGAAUACUUUUAUCCUUUGGAUGUCCGUGUGUCCGGCAAGGAUUUGAUUCCCAACCAUUUGACCUUCUUCCUUUACAACCACACCGCCAUCUUCCCCGAGGAAAUGUGGCCCCGUAGCGUGCGCUCCAACGGUCACUUGAUGCUUGACAGCAAGAAGAUGUCCAAGUCGACUGGUAACUUUAUGAGCAUGAACGAUGCCAUUGUCAAAUACGGUGCGGACGCUACCCGUUUCGCUCUUGCUGAUGCCGGUGAUUCCGGUGAAGAUGCCAACUUUGAAGAUGCUACCGCCAACGCGGCCAUUCUCCGUCUUUACACUUUGUUGGAAUGGAUCGAGGAACAGAUGAAGAACGUCGACAAGCUUCGUGAAGGCGAACUCAACUUUUACGAUCGCGUGUUUGAAAACGAAAUGAGAAAGAACAUUGGCUUGUCCGAGAAGGGUUAUGCAGCCACCUACUUCCGUGAAGCUCUCAAGUAUGGUGUAUUUGAAUUCCAAACGGCCAGAGAUUAUUACCAGCAGGCUUGCCUUGAAAAGGGCAUGCACAAGGACCUUGUGUUGCAAUACAUUGAAUACCAAGCCUUGCUUCUUGCUCCUGUGUGUCCUCACUGGUCUGAACACGUGUGGCGCAACAUUCUUCACAAGGACGGUUCUGUGACCAAUGCCGCAUUCCCUCAACCGAGCGGAUCAGUUGAUGAGUCGCUCUUGGACGCCAGCAGCUACAUCCGCCGUACCGUCAAGGCGGUGCGUGAUGCGGAACUGAAUCUUCAAAAGAAGAAGAAGAAGGGCAAAGCUGUGGAAGUGGAAUACAAGCCUUCGGAACCCAAGUCGCUCAAGAUUUUCGUGUCGGCCAAAUUCCCUCAGUGGCAGGAAGACUGUAUUGCUGUGAUGAAAUCCCACUAUGAUCAAAGCACAGGCAAGUUUGACGAUGUCAAGAUCCGUGCCGAGUUGGGUGCCCAGGGUAUUUUGAAGAACAAGAAGACGAUGCCUUUUGUGCAGGAACAGAAGAAGAUGGUUGAAAAGAAUGGUCCUGACGCGUUUGACCGUGCCUUGACUUUUGACGAAUUGUCGACCUUGAAGGUGGCGGAAGAAGAAUUCAAGCGUUCGCUCGGUUUCCACACAGUCCACAUUCUCAAGAGCGACGGAUGUGCUGAAGAGGAUACCAAGGCCGCUGAAGUGGCUGUGCCUGGCGCGCCAAGCUUCUCGUUCAAGAAUGAGUAAAAAGAAAAAUCCAUCAUCCUUUCGAGCUUCGCCCAUUGAAAGAAAGACAAGAAAAAAAGAGAAGAAGAUUGCAUGUAAUAUCUUUUUGUUUAGAAACUAACAUAAAAAUCUAAAAUAAAACACUGUUCUUUAUCACCAGUCUUCAUC